AUGCAUCUCUCCACCCUCCUCCUUCCCCUCCUCCCCACCGCCGCCCUCUCCGCAAUCUGCUACCCCGAGACCGGUGGCUCGAACUGCGCCUCCCUAAUCAGCAUCAAGGAAUUCUACUCCCUGCAAUACUGCCAGUACCGGUGGAACGUGCUCUACGGCGACUGGGACCACUUCGUCAACAAUAUGACCAGCCCGACGAAGGUGCACGCCAGCGUGGGCAAGACAGGUGUGUUUGAUAGCUUUGAGGACUGUCUUAAUGGGUUCGAGGAUGUCGUGGAGACUUGUCAUGGCGUUAGUCAGGGAGGUGUCAUGACCAAUGGGAACGUUAGUCUUAAUGUGCAUUUUUGUGAUUGGUGAAUCCCCUCCCCAUCCCGGGCGGGGGAGGGGGGUUUGUUAUGAUUAUG